AUGUUACAUACCACAGAUUGUUCGUCUUCUGAAAUAACAAGCAAAUAUUUUCAAACCGAUAUUGAUCAUGACGUGAACUCGUGUCAAGUCAGUGAUGUAUCCGAAACUACAAUAACUACAAAAACCAGUGUUAGUGAAAAUUCAGAAAGUACUUUAUCUAAUAAACAAAAUAUAUUGACUCUUGAGGAAAGACGUUUAAAGAAGAAACGGAUGCUUGCGUUAACUCCUAAAAAAAAAAUCAUUGAUACAAAUUCAUCAUCCUUAUCAAAUUAUUCAAUACAAAAUCAAAUUAAUAAUAAGGUAGCACCAACAAUUACUAUUAUUGAUUCAAAUAAUGAAGAGAAUACAACACAAAAUGUCUCCGAACAAAUUGACGUGAACAAAAUUAUGUCCAGUACCAAAAGCUUUGAUUUUCAACUUAUGAUGUCGGAUUCAUUUAGUUCUGAUAAUUCAUUUAGUUCAGAUUAUUCUUAUGAAAGUAAUAGUUUACAAUCUAUUAAGCAAACAUCGGUUAAUAAAGAUAAUUUUUCGCCAUUCAGCAAAAAACCAUCAACAAAGUCAAAUUCAAAUCGUAAUGCUAGAGAUGAUCUUUCACAACCUUGCCUGUGUGUUAUAUGUGGUAAAGAUCUUACAGGUUUUAAUAUUAUUACUCGGGAAACACAUUUAAAUAGAUGUCUUGACGAUAUUGAAAAACAAGAGAAUGAAAAGCAACAAGGCAUUAAGACAAAUCAGCAAAAGCAAGUAAAAAAAACCAUUUCACCUUCGAAUGAUAGAAUGUUUAUUGAUAAUGAUUUCUCAUGGUUCACUCUUAUUACAAAUUGCCCAUGUUGUUUAAAAAAUUUUCCGGGUAAAAGUAAAACAGCGAAAAGUAAAAUCACUCAUAUAAAAAGAUGUGCGAUUGUUUCACAAUCAUAUGCAGUUUCAGCACUUGAAGGAAUAGAUCAGGAUGAUGAUUUCAAAAGCAAUGUUAUUAUUACAUCGAUUUCAACAAUUGAGACAAUCGGAAAAAGGAAAUUCAGAGAAGACACCGAUGAUGACUUUAGGGUUGCAAAAGUUUUGUCAAAAUCCAUGAUGCCUCAAUAUAUAAAUUCGAAAAAGAAAAUUGUGUAUGAUCUUAAUACUACACCGAUUCUUGCACCAGCCGAAAGUAUAAAGAAAGCGCAAAAGAGAGCCAAGAAAAUGUUUUUCGACAGACCUACUAUUCAUGACAUCGUUAAAGAUUACCCAUUCACAUCCUCAUCCUCAUUUUGUACCAGCGGGAUUGUGAAACAACGUGAAUGUCAUCAAUUCAUGAAAUUAGAUGAUGAGAAUGGAAUUAGUAUUUCUCGAAAGAAAACGACGUCUUUAUGGGAAAUACAAGCAAUUGGCGGACCUGAUAGUACAUUAUCGGGUGAUGAUUAUAUGACAGAUAUGUUAAAAGAAUGGGUCUUCAAAUAUGAGUCACAUAAAUUGGAUCAAUAUUAUUUACAACCUUUUAGAAAGCGAUAUGAAAUGUGUGAUCGUUGUGUGAACAAAUAUUGGGGAAGAUUAGAACCCGAAAAUGAAGAAAGAGAUGAAAUGAUUGAAAGGAGUUACUAUUUUUGCCGUUAA